GGCCUUCGUUCUACAACCCAACUCCAAAACUCCCCCUUUACCUUCCCAUCCUUCUCCCCAAACCCUAACCCUAAGCCUAACCCUAACCCAUCAAAUGGGUGGUUCAAAUCUUGCUAUUCCAAUCACAAUCAUUGCCUUUAUCACCUUCUCAUAUUACCCAAUCCCUUGUUCAUCAUCACCAUCAUCAUCAAUCUAUGAAGUUCUUGGGUCACAUGGCCUCCCUACGGGUCUCCUCCCAAAGGGCAUAACCAAUUUCACCAUCGACCCCUCCACAGGCCACUUCGAGGUCCGAUUACCCGAGGCCUGCAAUGCUAAAUACGAAACUGACUUUCACUACGACUUCAAUGUCUCUGGAACUCUUUGCUAUGGCGAGAUCGGCCAACUCUCCGGUGUCUCUGCCCAGGACCUCUUCCUUUGGUUCCCCGUCAAGGGCGUUCGAGUCGAUGUCCCCAGCUCCGGACUCAUUUACUUCGACGUUGGUGUUCUACGCAAGCAAUUCUCUCUCUCCUUCUUUGAAACCCCCAGGGAUUGUACUCCCGGUCAUCCUGUUUCCUUGGUUGAUCUCGAUUUUGUCUUUUUCGCUGAUGAUGCUCGAAAUCGAAUUGUUCAGAAUCAACCUGAUAAUGAACUUGGACAGGAAAGUGUAUCCGGGGCUGUUUCUGAAAGCGGGACUGUGAAGACAGAGAGGUAGUUUACAAAGUUCAAGAGCUGACUUGGUGGUUUUUCCUGUUUGCCUUAAAGAGUUCUUAAGCGUGGACUAUGCUUCCGUUAUGCAUGCUUGGUUGCCAAAAAUGUAAGACUUUUUUGCAUGAUUGUGUCUAUGCAAGGCAGGUUAUGCAAAUUUAUACUAAUAUAGUCUACAGCUAAGUUGCUGAAACUUCGUUAGGCUCUUUUUGAUUUCUGAAAAUGCCUUCCACACAGGAGCAGUUAUGCCAUAAAAAUUGCUUCAGUUUUUGCCCCCCAUAAAAAUCUCUCAACUGCUGCGGGUUGUAGAUUUGAUAUCACACAUCGUGUAUGCACAACCAGUAGUUUUGAUACAGAGGAUAGGAAGAUCUAGGUAAUGAGAACUAGGUGGUACCUAUGUAGGGUGUUUGUUUGGUUAUGGUGGUUUUGGAUUGUAUAUGUGUUAUUUGUUUAUGUUCUCUUCUGAUCAUAUUACUAUACACCACCAAGCUGCAUUGAGCUAUUGUAAAUGGACAAAGUUGUAUGUAUUUGCAUAUUUUAUUUUAUUUGAGCUUUGUGUUUUUCUUGACAAAGAA